UCUGCCUCCCCUUCCGCCAUGGAUCAACGCAGACCGGGAGGAAUCCCUUCGCGCGUGAAACCUUGCAGUUGUCGGAGGGGUGUUUAGCUUGGCAGCGUCAAGCCCUUUCCACCACAUGCCGGCUCCCAUGACGUCAAGGUACCAGCGUCGCCUGUGGCGCUACGUUGAUUCCAGCCGCCGCCGCAAGCUGCGCAGGCUUCUGCAGCAUCACGGGGAAGCCUUGGACUUGGGCGAGGUGGCCGGGCGCAAGCUCCGAACGCCCCUUCACCGAUGCUGUGCCAGGAAGGACCACAAAACUGCAAUCCUCUUGCUGAAGCAUGGAGCAGACCCUUCCGUUCCAGACUGGCGUGGGGACACGGCUUUGCAUGUGGCUGCCCGACAGGUGGCCCGCAAGGGAGGCACGGUCUACGAAGACCUGUUUUCACCCUUGCGAAACCGUUGCCCCUCUGCAAUGAGCAUCAGGAACAGAGAUGGGAAGACACCAGGAGAACUCCUGAGGGAAGAGGAAGAGAAAUGGUGCUCUCAGGAGGCAUCGGAGGAAGACAAGGCAGAGGGCGACGCAGAGAGGGAGUGGCGCCAGAAACUCCUUGGCGAAUGGGAGGACGAGUACCAGGAGAUGGGCUGGCAAUACGAAGAGGAUUUCUACACCACUGGCCCAGACACGGAAACCUACGAGGACUGGGCUGACCGCAUCGCUCAAGAAUACAGGCAGAGGCGCAGCCGGGACGAGGAACGCCUUCGCCAGAGGCCUAAAGCAGAGCCACAGAAGACUCCCCUUAAGUUGGGGAGCCUCCGUGAGGAGGAACACCUGCUCUACGAAAAGCGGGCCCGAGCCAAGGAAAAGGAACUGAGGGAAGCCAAGAGGCUGCGCUACGAGGAAGGCUGCAGCCAGGUCUUCUCUGCCGACGGUUCGCGCCUUUUGAGAUACGUGGACAUUCCCUGGCCGUGCCCGGCCGGGACGCCAGAGGAGAUGGCUGCCGUGGCGCUCCAUGGCAUGGACCCCUCUGACAGAGCGGCUUACCGGCGCUUCCUGCGGCGCCAGCAGGCCCUCUGGCACCCGGACAAGUUUGCCCAACGCUGUGGUGCGCGCUUGGCAGAGCAGGAUCGCUGCCGGAUAUUGGACACUGUCACGGCGCUCUCCCAAGCGUUCAACCGGCUAGCAGAAGCUUGCAAAUAACUCACUCGCUCUCUCCUUGGCUGUCUGUGAAUAAAGGGUUGGUUUUCUUUUUGCCUUUUUGAAGAGGACGGAAUUGUGCUGGAUUGCGUUUCGGGCAGCAAGGGCUUCUUGCCUUUUCCCCCUACCCUGUUCAAGAUGUCAAAUGAAGUGGUUUCUCGGCAAGCCUCUUGGGAGUCUUUCCAGAGAAGCACAGAGAUAAGUGGUCUUUUCUCUUCUUGAAAGGAACCCCCUUGGAGACCAAAGCUAGUUAAGAAUUGUCACCCUCUGGAUGUUUUUGGAGCUGUAGUCCAGAACAUCAGGAGGGCGCCAAGUUGGCAAAGGCUGGUUUUCAAAGUGUCAGGUGUAACUUCAGCGUGAACACAGCAGAGUUUGCGCAGGUUUUUCCGGAAGCUUCUGGCGGUAACUUAAAUGACUAGACGUCUGGACACAGAGUAAAACUAUAUACAGGAUUUAUUAAAAUAAAGAAAAUCCAGAGUUUCUAUGUACAGCUUUAGAACUCAAAACAAAGUAAAAUAAAUCCUUUCCUCUCUGUCUCUCUCUCAACCGAUACAGCACCUCUCCUCCUACACUGACCACACUCACCACACCACGUACUGUGCUAGCUUUCUCUGAUAACAGGUCUCGGUGCUGAUCCCAACCAAUGAGAGCGCAGUUACUAAGGCAGAAGUAGACCUUGGCUUUCUGCCCAGUGUUAAUUGCUUGUCCUAGAGUUGAUUGUGUGAAGAAGCAAUCUGAUGGUUUCUCACGCUACUAAUUUAGCAAAACCCGAACAUUUCAUGCCCUCUUUGUUCCUUUGCAGGGUUAAUAAUGUCUGUUUGCGGAUUUGUCAUAGCAAAUGCAACCCUACAAACUAAAACAAAAAACAACUAGGCAAGGCUGAAAGAGAGCAGCCAAAACAACAGCACAGACACAGACAGACAGACAGACAGACAGACAGACACACACACACACACACACACACACACACGUGUGUUCUGCUUGCGUGCGACGCUGGGAAAUAAUUAAAUAAUUCUAAUUCAGACCCAGAAAU